CCAAGAUUACUCAAUCGUUACCUCAAUUUCUGUCAUUUUUCAUUUUCGUUCAACGCAAUAGUUUGCCAUCCUGUAUCACGUGUGGUGAGUCUAGAUGAGUCUACUUAAGCAUCGAAUAAAAUUUGGUUUUGAGCAAUAAAAAAUGUAUAAAAGAGAACGUUGGUUGGCUUCUGAUAAAGGAGAGACCGAGGUUAAAGGCGAAGAAGGAUGCGAAUCUGCAAACAUAGGGGAUGCUAAUUUUACAGCGUUUAACAUGCAGGAGGAACUGGAAGAGGGCCACUUCGACACUGAUGGUUACUUCAUAUGGAAGAACGAUAUGGGGGUUAGAGACAAUUGGUUGGAAAAUAUCGAUUGGGAGAAGGUUAAGUCAAUUUCAAAGACUAUUACCGUUCUAGAAGAGGAUGACGAUUCUUAUGUUGAACAAUUUCAAGAAAUUCAAAUAUAUAAACAAAUUAUUACGUAUUUGGAUCCAAACGAAACCAUUAGUCAAGCACUUAGGCGUUGGGGAACUCGAAACAGAAAUCUAUCGAGCAUCGAAAGGCUUACACUCAAAAAGACACGCACUCUUGAUCCAAAUACUGAAGUCACCAAACUAACUGAACUGGCCAAUAAAAUUUUAAAUGAGACUGGGAAUAUGGAUAUUUACCAAGAAACUUACGAAAUGAUCAAUCGCAAAAUAGAGGCCUCUGAAAGUAAGCAAUUAAAAUCUGCAAAGGAACCCUGCUUAGAUAUGUACGCCGAUGAUUUUGAUAAAAAAGAAGCUGAGAACUUAAAGAAGAACUCCAAUAUGGAAAUAUAAGUAAAUUUAAAUCCUUUUUGUAUUUUCGUGCAUUUAUGUCAUCUUACUAAGUAAACAUUUACUUUUAUGAUCGACAUCUUUAUCACGAGUGUGGAAAUCAGGAGAGAUUAGAUUAAGUUUUGUUUAGCCCAU